GGGCGCUCCAGUUCUUCCCCGGUGACCUCCAGCGGCGGGACACCCUCUCCUCUCAACCCCCUGCUCUCUCCAUCCUGCUCCCCUCCUGCGUUUCACUUGGCGGCGAGCGCCCUCGGCGUCGCGUGCCCCGAGACCUACCUGCACCACCUCAACCUGCCCCUCUACUACAAGAUCUGUCCCACCAGCCUCUUAAGGCAGCAGCCUCUCCUCUUCCCAGACAAACUGGGAGGCACCAACCCUCAUCUUUUACCCCACUUGAUGGUGGACGUGCCCAAACUCUCUUCCCUCGGCGUGGCCAACCUGAAAACUCCUAAAGCCGAAGACUUGAACGCGCAGUGUCUCCAAGCCCCCGGCUCUGCCAGUCAAAUGCUGUAUGGAUUGCAUCCAUCUGGAAACAUUUUCCCAUCAAAUCCCAUUGCUCGGGAAGCACUUAAUUGUUCUUUACAUCCUCCAUAUGGCUUGUAUGGCUACAACUUCUCCGUGCCAUCCAGACUGAUGAGUGCAGCGAGCCAUUUCAAAGCGAGCGACAGCGUCCCGGUUUCUUUGAGAGAUGGCAGAUGUCAUCACUCUAACUGGCACCCCACAAUUAACCACUGCCUUUAG